GCUGCUCAGCCUCUCCCACCGACACUUCUCAUAUUAUACACAGAGCCCGGAGAUCCGACCGUACCGACCGCUCACCUCCUCCCCCCACCGAUCACCGGAUCCACACCGACCUCCUCCGUCCCUCCAAACUUUACUGCCCCACCAUGCUGCCCCCCGCACACCCGGAUCUCCCGCUCUACACCCCGAUCUGAGGAGGACACCCCGAUCUAAAGCUGUGCACCCCAAUCUCCAUCUAUAUAUCCCAUUCUGAGGACAACCCCCAUCUGUGCACCCCAUUGUGAGGACACCCUGGAGGAGCUGCCAAACUCUGAGGACCCCUGGAUCUCCUGCUCUGCACCCCCAUUUUGAAGACACCCGGAUCUUUUGGUCUACACCCCAUUUUGGGGACCCCUGGAUCUCCAGCUGUACACCCCAUUCUGAGGACCCCCUGGAUCUCCAGCUGUACACCCCAUUCUGAGGACCCCCUGGAUCUCCAGCUGUGCACCCCAAUCUGAGGACCCCCUGGAUCUCCCGCUGUACACCCCAUUCUGAGGACACCUGGAUCUCCAGCUGUACACCCCAUUCUGAGGACCCCUGGAUCUCUAGCUGUACACCCCAAUCUGAGGACCCCCUGGAUCUCCAGCUGUACACCCCAUUCUGAGGACCCCUGGAUCUCUAGCUGUGCACCCCAAUCUGAGGAUCCAUGGAUCUCUAGCUGUGCACCCCAUUCUGAGGACCCCCUGGAUCUCUAGCUGUGCACCCCAUUCUGAGGACCCCUGGAUCUCCAGCUGUGCACCCCAUUCUAAAGGAGCCCCUGGAUCUCCAGCUGUACACCCCAUUCUAAAGGAGCCCCUGGAUCUCCAGCUGUACACCCCAUUCUGAGGAGCCCCUGGAUCUCCAGCUGUGCACCCCAUUCUGAGGACCCCAGGAAAUGGUGAACACUUGGAUUUGUUCUUGAGCAUCAACACUGUUACCACCCCCCAUGAGAAACCCUGAGAUUGUGACCCCCCAUUUAUGAGUAGAGCUAGAUUUGGGGCACAGAGAUUGUGACCCCCCCCCAUUUAUGAACAGCACUGUCAUUGGGGUCCCCCCAUCUCUGAGGAGCCCUGGCGCACCUUCACUUUGACAUCUAUCUUCCAGGAUCUUUGGGGGGUCUUUUCUGAGGAGUCUUGGAGGUUGGGGGGGCACCGGGGUUGGAAUACCCCGAGAUACCUCCAUACAAUGCAGCAACAGAUCUGCCCCUUGCAGAAGAGCACCCCUUGUGGCGGAGGGCAGCAGUGACAGACAUGGAGGCAGAGGGGCAGGGGGGCAUUGCCGUGGAGGGCAGCAACAGGGAUGCGGAGAAGCAGCUGAGGCUUCGGCUUUGUGUCCUGACUGAGAUCCUGAAGACCGAGAGGGACUAUGUGGGGACCCUACACUUUCUCCAAUCUGCCUUUCUACACCGGAUCCGGCAGAGCGUGGUGGACAAGACAGAGAACUGUUGCAUCUCCGAGGAGAAUGUCAAGAUUUUAUUCUCCAACAUUGAGGACAUCCUGCAGGUGCACCGGGCAUUUCUGGAGUCACUGGAGGGCGCUCUCCAGCCGGAGCCGCAGUCUCACCACCAGCUGGGACUCAUCUUCCUGAAGUUUAAGGAGAGGUUCUGUGUGUAUGAGGAGUAUUGCAGCAACCAUGAGAAGGCGCUGAGAUUACUGAUGGAGCUCAACAAAGUCCCCAACGUCCGAGCCUUCCUAUUGAGCUGCAUGUUGCUGGGAGGACGGAAGACAGACAUCCCAUUGGAGGGUUAUCUGCUCACCCCCAUCCAGAGGAUCUGCAAGUACCCGCUACUUCUAAAGGAGCUGAUGAAGAGGACGUCCAGCAAACACCCCGACCACCAAGCCGUCCAGAGCGCCCUGCAGGCCAUGAAGACCGUCUGCACCAACAUCAAUGAGACCAAAAGACAGAUGGAGAAGCUGGAGGCCCUGGAGCAACUGCAGUCCCACAUCGAGGGCUGGGAGGGCACCAACCUCACAGACAUCUGUACCCAGCUCCUCCUGCAGGGGACGCUGCUGAAGAUAUCGGCGGGGAACAUCCAGGAGCGCAUGUUCUUCCUCUUCGACAAUCUCCUUGUCUACUGCAAGCGGAAAUCCAGGGUCGCGGGGAAAAAGUCGACAAAAAGGACCAAAUCCAUUAACGGCACGUUGUACAUAUUCCGCGGGAGGAUCAAUACGGAAGUGAUGGAGGUGGAGAAUGUGGAGGACGGUACAGCCGAUUACCACAGUAACGGUUACACCGUCACCAACGGCUGGAAGAUCCACAACACCGCCAAGAACAAAUGGUUCGUCUGCAUGGCCAAAACCGCCGAGGACAAGCAGAAGUGGAUGGACGCCGUCCUGAGGGAACGCGAGCAGCGAGAGAGUCUGAAGCUGGGGAUGGAGCGGGACGCCUAUGUGAUGAUCGCGGAGAAAGGCGAGAAGCUCUAUCACAUGGUCAGCAAGAAAUCCAACCUGAUCAAGGACCGGAGGAGGAAAUUCAGCACCGUCUCCAAAUGCUUCCAUGGAAACGAAUUGGUGUCCUGGUUGAUGGAGAACGGAGAAAUCGGCAAGCCGGAGGAAGGCGUCAAUCUGGGCCAGGCUCUGCUGGAGAACGGCAUCAUCCACCAUGUUUCAGACAAGCACCAAUUUAAGAACGAGCAAGUUCUCUAUCGCUUCCGAUACGACGACGGAACGUACAAAGCCAGAAGUGAGCUGGAGGACAUCAUGUCCAAGGGUGUCCGACUCUACUGCCGCCUGCACAGCCUGCUGACGCCGGUUGUCAAGGAUCGUGAUUACCACCUGAAGACCUACAAGUCCGUCAUCCCCGGGAGCAAGCUGGUGGACUGGCUCCUAUCUCAGGGCGACUGUCAGACGAGAGAGGAGGCCGUCGCUCUUGGCGUUGGGCUCUGUAACAACGGAUUCAUGCAUCACGUCCUGGAGAAGAGCGAAUUCAAAGACGAAUCGCAGUUUUUCCGAUUCCACGCCGAUGAGGAGAUGGAGGGGACGAGCUCCAAGAACAAGCAGCUCCGCAAUGACUUCAAACUGAUAGAGAACAUCCUGGCCAAGACCCUUCUGAUCCCCCCACAAGAAGAAGAUUAUGGCUUUGAAAUCGAAGAGAAGAACAAAGCGAUUGUGGUGAAGUCUGUACGGAAAGGUUCGCAUGCCGAGAUGGCGGGCCUGCAAGCCGGGCGGAAGAUUUACUCCAUCAAUGAAGAUCUGGUGUUCCUCCGACCCUUCUCCGAGGUGGAGGUCCUCCUGAACCAGUCCUUCUGCUCCCGGCGGCCGAUCCGGAUCCUGGUGGCCAUCAAAUCCAAAGAGAUUGUGAAGGUCCCGGACUCUCCGCAGGCUCUGUGUUUCCAGAUCCGUGGCUCUACGCCGCCGUAUGUCCACGCCGUGGGGCGAGGCUCACAGGCGGCCACGGUCGGCCUCCACCCCGGACAGUGCGUCCUGAAAGUGAACGGUAACAACGUCGCACGCGAUGGUCACAUGGAGGUCCUGGAGCAUUUCACCGCCUACCGUAAGAACCCCCAGAAUCCUCUGGGCCUCUAUCAGUGGAUUUAUCGCACUCACGAGGACGCGGAGGAGGAGCGGGAGCCGCGCUGCACCUCGGAGGAUUGUCUGAACGGCGGGGUGUGUGAGGACGGCGCUCUGAGCAGAGGACUCCAUGACAGGCAGACAGGUCCGGCCUGUAAUCUGAUCUCCCCGGCGGGUGAGGACGGGCCUCUCGUUAAUCUGACGGUGGAGAACAUCCAGCUGGAGCACGGGGUGGUGUACGAGUACGUGAACACGGCCGGGAUCAAGUGUUACGUCUUGGAGAAGAUCGUGGAGCCUCGGGGGCUGUUUGGAAUCACCGCCAAGAUCCUGCAGGCGUUUAUCGCGGACGACAAUCAGUUUGUGAAGAAUUGCACGCGGCUCCUCGCGAUGAGCAAGUCGGUGAUAACGAUGCCGCAGUACGAGUUCCGCCACAUCUGUGACACCAAGCUGGAGAAUAUCAGCCGGAGGAUCUCCAGCUACGAGCAGUUUGCAGACGAGUUGAAGAUGAAAGUGAGCCCGUCGUUCAAACAGGCGACCGGCGACGCCCACCCGCUGCACAGCAUGGACUUCUGUCCCACCAACUACCACAUCAACCUCAUGGAAGUCUCCUACCCCAAAACCAGCACCACCGUGGGGCGCAGCUUCAGCAUCCGCUUCGGCCGCAAAAACUCCUUCUUUGGCCUGGAUCCAGAUCAGGUCGGCACUUUGAACCCCAUGCUGUAUUCGCAGCACUCUAUCGCCAGUAUGGCGGCUCCAGCCUGGAGGUGUGUGAGCACAGAGGAGGAGGAUGGGAUGAAUGGCAGUUUCCAGGACGGCAGCUUCUCUCAGAUGAAUGGUGGGGUGAACCCGGAGGAUCACGGUCUGAGCUAUUUGAUGAAACACGAUGACUUGGAGAUCCAGGACUCCUACCUGCAGCUCUUCAACAAGCUGGACUUCGCUCUGAAGGAGAUGAAGCAAUACGUCACCCAGAUCAACAAGCUGCUGUCCACCAUCACGGAGCCCUUGGAGCGGGACACCCCAUCUGAGCCCAUGUCCACAAGCGAGACGCCCCCCUCCUCACUGGUGGCCGAGGAUGGAGAUGGGGACAGGACGGAACCAGGUGGCAUCAAGAAAGUUUGUUUUAAGGUAUUGGAGGAGGACCAGGAGGACUCGGGACAUGAUACCGUCAGCUACAGAGACUCCUACAGUGAGUGUAACAGUAAUCGGGAUUCCGUCCUGUCCUACACCAGCGUGCGCAGUAACAGCUCGUACCUGGGGAGCGAUGAAAUGGGUUCAGGGGACGAACUGCCUUGUGACAUGCGGAUUCCAUCUGACAAGCAGGAUAAGUUGCACGGCUGCCUAGAACAUCUGUUCAACCAGGUGGACGCCAUCCUCACACUCCUGAAGGGGAAAGUCAUGGCGAAAGCCUUCGAGGAGACCCGGCACUUCCCCAUGGAGCACAGCCUGCAAGAGUUCCAGAAGAAGGAGGAGUGGACGGUGAGGUGUCGCAGUAUGAUCCAAGUCAGUAUCCGAGAAGAUCCAUGGAACCUCCCCAACUCCAUCAAGAUUCUGGUGGAGAGUAUCCAGAAAUACGUAGAAGACGGGAAGAAUCAGCUGCUGUUGGCUCUGCUGAAAUGUACAGAUACGGAGCUGCAGGUUCGCCGGGACGCCAUAUUCUGCCAGACGCUGGUGGCCGCCAUCAGUACGUUCACCGAGCAGCUGAUGGCCGCCCUCAACUACCGGUACAACAAUAACGGCGAGUACGAGGAGAGCAGCCGCGAGGCCAGCAGGAAGUGGCUGGAGCAGAUCGCCGUCACUGGGGUGCUGCUCGCCUAUCAGUCCAUGUUGUCACCCAACAUAAAGGAAGAACGGAUAAUGCUGGAGGACAUCAGCGCCACCCUCCAGGAUCUGGAUAAAGUCGUUUUCUACUUCAAGCAGAUGGACGAAACGCUCGUAGCAAAUACGGCCGUCUUCCACCAUAUUGAAGGGACAAGACAAGCGCUGAAAGUCAUCUUCUACCUGGACAGCUUUCACUUCUCCAAACUGCCCACCAAGUUUGAGCAUGGCGGCUGCCUGAAGCUCCAGACCGUCUUCUUCACUAAAGCUAUCGAGAGCCUCGAGGGCCAGUCUCAACCAGGAUCGAACGUAUCACCGGUGGAAAUUCAGCAGCAGAUCAAUCAUGUGUCCAUGGAGAAAGUGCAAAGCUAUUACCGGAAGCUCAGGGCCUUCUAUCUGGAACGGUCGGCCGACUCCAACACAACGGCUAUAAAGAUUGAUCAGCUGAUCCGUCCAAUGAACGCCCUGGAUGAGCUGUGCAGGCUCAUGAAGUCCCUUGUUACCCCGAAACAGCCCCAGUCGGAUUACAGUAAGAAUAACACGCUGGGCACCGGCUUGUUGCCCAUCUCCUCUGAGCUCUGUUACCGCCUGGGCGCCUGCCAGAUCGUCAUGUGCGGCACUGGGAUGCAAAGGAGCACGUUGUGCGUAUCGCUGGAGCAAGCCGCCAUCUUGGCCCGCAGUCACGGACUCCUCCCCAAGUGCAUCAUGCAGGCCAUGGACAUCAUGAGGAAACAAGGCCCACGUGUGGAAAUCACAGCAAAGAAUUUAAAAGUCAGGGAUCACCCGCUGCAAUCUCCGCCCAGGAUCUUCAGACUCUGCGUACCGCCAGUAGACGGGGACCUGUGAGUGCGCGGGGAUGAGAGACGCCACCCCCCCCCCCCAACCCCCAAUGGGUAAAUGAAGGAGGCCCUCUGAUGGAUGUCCUACUCUCCGGAUUUCUAAAGCACAAGAAACUGCAAUGAUUGCCCACUCUGUGCCUGCUGAUGGACAAGCUGUGGGUGCUUCUUUUGUGCCAAGGUCCCCGGGGUAUGGAUGGAGCGCCAUCUACAGGAUCCAGGAGGAAAAAAAAUCGCAGAGCGACGAGCUUAAAGAGAGACUUUGGACUCUUUUUGUUGCUUCUGAUAUUUUCCUUCUGCAAAGAUCAGUAUUUAUUACGAGUCUGUCUUCUGACUUCUACACUUGGAGCGGAGCGCCCCCCCUGCCCUGACUUCUCCGCCAAACCCGCAGCGGUCCAAUUUUGCACUCCGGGAUCCUUACGUUUUAACGUUCUUAUUUGCUUUUAUUUGGGAUUUUAUCGUUUUUAUAAGUGGAAUUCUACUUUUAUAAUUAAAAGAUGCUACAAGUUCAUCGUCUUGUUCCUGCCAUUGCGGAGUAUAAAUGACUUUUCUUCUUCUGCCCAGGAAAGGCCCUUUCUACCCAGAAUCCUCUGCUCUAACCUCUGGGACCAAGCUUCUAUAAGUUAUACUGAUGUUCAUAGUUCAUGCGGAUAACGCUCAUCUAAUAUUUGUAUUUAAAUCUUUGUUUUUGUUUUUUUUGUUGAUGCGGUUUUUAGUUUGUAGGAUUUUGGAGAGUCGAUGUAAAUAUCGGGACGUUUUGUAUUUGUGGUAACUUGCGCCAGUAUCAGUAUUCUAUGUUUACAGGCUGUAGGAGCGGGCGGGAGGUACUCAACCCCCGAGGUGUUUUGUACGUUCGCUGCGGGUUUCUGGUGGACUAAGCCCAGAGAUCUCAGCGGAUCCUCUCUGGUUUCUGGUGGACUAAGCCCAGAGAUCUCAGCGGAUCCUCUGGUUUCUGGUGGAUUAAGCCCAGAGAUCUCAGCAGAUCCUCUUUUUGGUUUCUGGUGGAUUAAGCCCAGAGAUCUCAGCGGAUCCUCUCUGGUUUCUGGUGGAUUAAGCUCAGAGAUCUCAGCGGAUCCUCUCUGGUUUCUGGUGGACUAAGCCCAGAGAUCUCAGCGGAUCCUCUGGUUUCUGGUGGAUUAAGCCCAGAGAUCUCAGCAGAUCCUCUUUUUGGUUUCUGGUGGAUUAAGCCCAGAGAUCUCAGCGGAUCCUCUUUGGUUUCUGGUGGAUUAAGCCCAGAGAUCUCAGCGGAUCCUCUUUGGUUUCUGGUGUAUUAAGCCCAGAGAUCUCAGCGGAUCCUCUUUGGUUUCUGGUGGACUAAGCCCAGAGAUCUCAGCGGAUCCUCUCUGGUUUCUGGUGGAUUAAGCCCAGAGAUCUCAGCGGAUCCUCUUUGGUUUCUGGUGGAUUAAGCCCAGCGAUCUCAGCGGAUCCUCUCUUUGGUUUCUGGUGGAUUAAGCCCAGAGAUCUCAGCGGAUCCUCUUUGGUUUCUGGUGAAUUAAGCCCAGAGAUCUCAGCGGAUCCUCUUCUUUAGAUUGCUUUGUAUUUGGAUAUUUCUACUGAUUUGUUGAAAGAUAAUAACGCACAUUAACGGCCACCAUCAUGUUGGGUGUUCUUCACUCCACCCGUUUUGUCUGAUACAGCCUGACCUAGGAUCAUCCAACCUCGGAUCUCUUGUUAUGUGGUAUGUGCGAAGUUCUCAAGGAACACUGUAGUUCUUGAUGUAUCAAAUCCCUCGACUUUUUGGCGUGGAAGGUAUUAGCCAUGCUGGGUUCAGGGAAGGAGGGGGGUCAUACCACAGCUAUAGACUAAUCAAGAAAAUAGAGCUAAUGGGAAGGAAGAGAUCAGGCAGGAAACCCCAUCAGUAAAAGUCUUGUUACAUGUCAGCAGAUAGAAACCUUUCUAACCUAAAUAACCCUCAUCUGUCCUGCCCUAUAGAACCAUCGUACAAAGGUAUCCCUAUCAUCUGUCCUGCCCUAUAGAACCAACGUAUGAAGGUAUCCCUAGCAUCCGUCUUGCCCUAUAGAACCAACGUACAAAGGUAUCCCUAUCAUCUGUCCUGCCCUAUAGAACCAACGUAUGAAGGUAUCCCUAUCAUCUGUCCUGCCCUA